CGCCUGCCGCCUGGCCUGGCCCUUCACGGUUCCGCGGAGAGCGCGAUAGUCUCCUCGCUCUCCGGCGGCUCGCACGCGCGCGUCCUCUGGCCCCCGGGAGUCGCGCAGCUCCCGCCCCGGUCUCCUCCCCGACUGCCCGGCGGUGGGGCCAUGGCUUGGCGGCGGCGGUCCGAGGCCGGCGUCGGGGCCCGGGGCACGCUGGCGCUGCUGGCGCUGGCUGUGUGCGCGCCCGGGGCCCGGGGUCGGGCGUUCGAGUGGUACUCCGCCGUGGUGAGCACCGAGUACGUCGACCCGCACACGAACCGCACCGUGUGGAGCGUCUCGGAGAGCGGCCGCUUCGGCGAUAGCUCGCCCAAGGAGGGCGCGCAGGGCCUGGUGGGCGUCCCGCGCGCGGCGGAUCGCGACCCCGAGGGCUGCGCGCCAGAUACGCGCUUCCUCGUGCCCGCGCCCGGCGGCCGAGGAGCCGCGCCCUGGGUCGCCCUGGUCGCGCGCGGUGGCUGCACCUUCAAGGACAAGGUGCUGGUGGCUGCACGGAGGAACGCCUCAGCCGUGGUCCUCUACAACGAGGAGAGCCACGGGAACCUCACUGUGCCCAUGUCCCACGCGGGUACCGGAAAUAUAGUGGUCAUUAUGGUUAGCUACCCUAAAGGAAGAGAAAUUUUGGAUCUGGUGCAGAAAGGCAUUGCGGUGAAAAUGACCAUAGGAGUCGGCACCCGUCACGUGCAGGAAUUCAUCAGUGGUCAGUCUGUGGUAUUUGUGGCCAUUGCCUUUAUCACCAUGAUGAUUAUCUCAUUAGCCUGGCUGAUAUUUUACUACAUACAGCGUUUCCUAUAUACUGGCUCACAGUUUGGAAGUCAGAGUCACAGAAAAGAAGCUAAGAAAAUUAUUGGCCAACUUCCACUUCAUACUGUAAAGCAUGGAGAAAAGGGAGUCGAUGUUGAUGCAGAAAACUGUGCAGUGUGUAUUGAGAAUUUUAAAGUGAAGGAUGUUAUCAGAAUUCUGCCGUGCAAGCAUAUUUUUCAUAGAAUAUGCAUUGACCCAUGGCUUUUGGAUCACCGCACGUGUCCAAUGUGUAAACUUGAUGUCAUCAAAGCCCUGGGAUAUUGGGGAGACGUGGAGGAUGUGCCGGAGACGCCUGCUCCAGAAGCUACCGCUGGGAGUGUUUUGGCUGCAAAUUUGAGUAUUUCACUGCAAGAGGAUGACCGGAGCGAGGGGAGCAAUUUCCCGUCCUCUUCCACUGGCGAGUCUGCCCCGCAGUGUGAUGCCAGCUUUAAAGAAGAUGCUGGUGAAAACACAGCCUUGCUAGAAACGGGCAGAAGCGACCUUGAACAUGGAGGGCCCAUCUCCUAGCGCACAUCCUGGUGACCGCAUCAUGGACAGAGCUUUUUGGCUUCAAUUAAAGGACUUUUUUUUUUUUUUUUUUUUACUUCACAUAGUUUGUAUAUUUGAAAAUAAUGUACAUUCUUUUAUCUUUCAGGUUCUGAUUUGUUAUACAAAGGGCUAAGAUAUUUUAUUCUUAAAGAGACGUUUUGAUUAGUCUUAAUAUAUUUAUCUACUAAAGUAUAUCAUUUACGAUAAACAGUAUGUUGUUUUGGACUCUUACAGAGGAGACCACUAGGAAGUCCCUCUAAAGGGGGCAGCGGGGUGAGGUGUUUAUGAAUACUAAACUAGCUACUACGGUACUGUACGAAUGGGAUUAAUUUUGUUUCUCAAGGAUGGUUUUAGACUGAGCUACUGAAUUUAGACUGGCGGAAGUAGAAUUAUAUAAUUCACUUCAGUAAUUGAUCACAAGUUUUCCUGGAGGAAAGGCUCGAGAAAUCUACAGCUUUCUCAAACUUCUGUGUCAUUAUAUAGACUUUGGAAUUAUAGGAAAAGCACUAGAUGACUUUACGAUUUGUGUUUUCUCUUUUUAAUCCCUAAUUGCUUGUGAUACUUUAAAGGAGAGGAAAAUUUGUCCAUUUUUUUCUACAGAUGAAAAGCUAAGAUCCUUUAUCACAUGAGCAAUUAAGUUUUUCAUUGCCUUAAGGACAAUAGAGUAGGCAGACUUUCUUAUACAUGAUGACCGUACUGCUUCCAACUACAAUAUAAUCUUGACAACCAAGAGUGAUAGAUGGAGAACUUUGUUGCUGUUUGAAAAUAAACAAGCAGCCAGUUUUCCUGAUUGAUUUAAAGAUCAUGACCUUGUGUUACCAUCUAUCCUUUUUAAUCUUGGCUGUUCUUACUUGUAGGUUGAAAGGGGCAGGUGAAUGUAAAGCUUUUGGAGACUGCACUCUUAAAUUUUAUAAAAUUAAGUAAAAACGCACUCUGCCUUCCUCUCCCUUCUUGGAGGUGGAAGUUGAGGAUGAGGGAGAGUUAUUUUUUUUUAACUUGAAACUUGUCCUUUGUUGCUUCUAAGCUGGUUGUGUGUAUCUUUAUUUUGUGAGUAAAAUAAAGAUCUAUUUGGAGUUUUAAAAAAAUGUAAGGAAUUUAUUCUUAACAGCUGCAUGUAAGUUUUGUAUAGCUUUUUUUUUCUUCUUCUUCAUACUAUUUGUCGCACUUGGAUUCUAGCCAUUCAUAGCGAAACAUUUGGUGAGUAAACAGUUUUGCUGAAGUAAACUCUGUGGCCAGAUUCAACUUGAGGAGCUACUGAAGUAGAAAAGUUGACCGACUUUGAGCUCUCAUUGACAGCCUCAAAUUUGAAAGUCCCAGGCAGCAUGUGAAAGAAGCAGUUCGACCGUGAACGGGAAGCACUCUUGUCAUCCGCUGCCCGCACGAGUGGGUGCUGCUGCUGGGUUUCCCACCAGAAGACCACCAAGGCCAGGAGGAGAGAGAGAAAAACGGGGCACCUUGGCAGGUGAUUUGGAGAUAGUACAACUAGAAAAUCCAGAGAAUUCAAGAGGUGUUGUUUUUAACAUGGCAGUAAAUUUAACUACACUUAAAAACUGAUUACAGUUACUGAAUCCCAGGACUAUCAUUUAUUUCAGAAAGAAUACAACUGAUAACAAGAUGUGGUUGUUCUUGGACUAAAUACCAAAGAGCUGGUGAAAAGAGUGCUAUAAGAACACAGCGAAGGGGAAGAAGCUGGCGCUGAGAGGGAGGUCAGUCCAAGGACGGGAGCAGAAGCAGCCCCAGAAGAAAGUGAGUCUUCACCGGAGGGAAAGGCCUGAACAGGAGAACACAGACACGCAGUAGUGUAUUUUCAACAAGCAGCUGGCCAGUUUUGCCAGUGACAGCAAAUAAAGUUGAAAACCUCA